UUUAAAUUUGUAGUAGAUGCUAUUAUUUAACAUGAUAAAAUUUCAGUAUGACAAGUCAAUAAUGUGCAUAAAUGUACCAAUUAUUUCCUUUUUGUUAUUUCAAGAACUGAAGGUCUUUAUUUAAAUUACAGUAUUCAAUGUUAUUAAAAUACUUAACCUCUAAAAUUGCUCUAUAAUGCACUUUCGGUGUAUCAGAUUGAUUCAGCUAGUAGGGUCACAUGCGGUCAUACCGAGUAAACAGUUACCCAGGCAAAGAUUGUCCCAGAUGAAUUCUGCAAGAUCAUUAUAUUCUACAUCCAGUCUAGGAUUUAGAAAUAAACAGAAUUUAUGUAACAUGAGAUAUCAACUUCAGAAGAGCUUUAACUACACAUCAAAUGUUAUGUUCUUGUUGUUUUUUAAUAGUCUGAAAAACAUUCCAGAAGUUUUAAAGAGACACUCGGUGAAGAUUGUACAGAACUGUGUCCAAAGUUGUGAAUAUGUUUUGGCCCACAGAAUUCGGAGAAGUCAUCAAAUGCUGUGUUUGUACUCAACUCUGUGGGGUGAAAUUCCUUUGUAUCAAUUUGUUCGUAGAUUAAAAGCUCAACUUCAGAAACGUAAACAUUUGUUAUUGUUAGGUUCAGGUUUUGUUUCUGCCUAUGAUUGGAAUAAGGAACGCAUACCAGAUGAAGAUAUAUUAAAGUAUUCAGCAGAGAUGAGCCUAGUAGAGUUUUUAAGAGACAAGAGGAAAGCUUGUCUGAAAGGCAACAGCCGACCUGCUGAUUGUACCUGUUCCGUGUGCUCUGCAACUGAUUCAGAGUGGCAGUCAUUCGUAGAAGAAGAUGAUAUUGUGGUUUGGAAGAGAGAAGACAUCAAUCAUCGGGGCCAAGGUCUUUACUGUUACAAAAUGUAUGCGCGAUACGGAGAUGUGACUGCAUAUGACUUCCUGGAGGCUCAGGUGGACCUGGAGUACAGGCAGUCGUGGGACACUCAUGCGGUGGACUUGAGGCUCAUUGACUCCGAGCCAUCAACCAACAGUGACGUCAUCUACUGGGAGACCAAGUGGCCUAAACUAUUCAGCAACAGAGACUACGUGUUCAAGCGUCGCUAUAGAAUAGACAAGAAGAGGAAUCUGAUCUACUUAGUGAAUCGAAUUACAGAACAUCCAUCCUGUCCCGUGGUGCCAUCCAAGCAGAGAGUCUCUGAGUACUGGUCAUACAUGAUCAUUAAGCCACAGACUACUUUUGACAAGCCUGGUAUAGAAUUCAGUUUGACUUAUUUUGACAACCCUGGACUGAAUGUGCCUUCCUCGCUCACUUUCUGGGUGACUGUUUCAGGUAUGCCGGACUAUCUGAAGAAAUUAAGGCUGGCUGCUCUGGGCGUAGCAAAGCGGCGUGGAAAUGCGCCAAGCCCUCUAGCUAGCCGAGACAGCAGCGUAUGUGCGGUUGAAGCUGCCAUGACCCUCGCGCAUGUUCAGCAAGUCUCCUCAACCGCCACGCUACUGGAGAGCCUCAGAGCCACGCUCUUCUUGUUUUAACAGACAAUUGAGCAGUAUGAGUUGUUUCUUCUAGUCAUCAUCAAGUCAUUAUAACCCAGCAUUUAUUCAAGUUGGUGUUAAUUUCCAACAAAAAAAAUGUUCCUUACUGUAACAGUUAUUAUUCCAGAUGUACAAAAUAAACAGUCCGUGAAAUCACAUGUGAA